AGAUUUUCUUUUGUUCGAUUAAAUAGUUUGUAAUUAUAUUUAUGUUAUCUCUGAAAGGGUGUAGAAAUUUAUGUAGUAGGCGAACAAGUAUACCAUGUAUUCGAAAUUUGAUGUUUUGUAUUUGUCAUAAUACUCAGAUUUAUGUGAUCGCGUACACAUUAAAAAUUUUUUCUAAUUUAUGUUUCUCUUUAAAAGUAAAAACAAAAAAAAAAGCGAAAGCAUGGAAAAUGAACAGGAUGAACUCAGACACAGACAUUUGCAGGAUCAGCAUCGAAAUCAGCAUCAGCGCGUCUCACUCGGGUACUCUGAUGUGAUGCUUCACGUUGGCUCCAGGGAGACGCAACGCUCACCGUAUACGGUUUACUUUGAACAGCCUCGUGCUACGCUGUCGGAUAGCUACAUGCUGAUGCCUUCCUAUUUGCAGACAUCAGAGAUCAGAUCACCACAGCAGCCGACAGGAAAUAGUCAUAGUCACAUCAACAAUGAUGCCACAACAACCGCUGGUUAUGUGCCCAUGUUUCAAUAUCAGCCGGCGACAAGGUCUAUGAAUAGAGAGUCAUAUGCAGAGCCAGCAAGCUCAAAUAGCAGUCUAACUGGUGGAAAUAAAUGCAGGAAAUGUAAUGGAGUACGUGAUGUGUGUCGAUGUAAUCGGCUGCAGGAUCAUGUGCAUUCCACACAGUCCACUGUCAGCGGAUCGACGGAGCCAACACAGUUCUUUGAACUCUCCUCAACGUCGACGGCAGUCACUUCCACACUGUCGUCAAGUGCCAGCUGUAGCAUCAGUAGCGGAGGAGAUAACGCUGCAUCGCAGUUCAUUCCAAAUCACACACAACGUAAGACUGAAACGGUUACCCUGACGGAGGAGCAGGAAAAUAAUAAUAACAAUAGCAAUAACAAUAUCAAUAAUAGCAAUAGCAAUAGCACCAGCAAUGAGCGACUUGUAAGCAUUUGGCCCGCCGCUAUGGAUGACCAUGCCGUCGAUGAGCAGUUGCUGUUGCAAUCCAGCAAUGCAUCGACAGUGGUGUACGAGCUGCCCUCCAGUUCGCUGCUUAGCUCAAAUGCCAGCAACACGAGCAGCUCCUUUGAGGCAAGCAGUAGCAAUAAUGCGACGCUGGCAAACAACAAUUCCACGGUCUAUGAUGAUGUUACUUCCAGUGCGUCAGACACGGAGCAUGUGCAAUUUGCCAAUACACGCACCACAAAUACAACCACAACCACGUCGGCACAAAAAAAGAAGCAUUCACAAAAUCGAUCUCGAAAUUCAGCUGCUACUGGUGCAACAACACCCUCAGCUUCCACGGUUAUUGAGCUGGAUGCCACGCCCAGCACCAGCGCCCAAGCACAGCAUCAGCAGCAGCGACGACAGCAACAUCAACAGCAGCAACAACAACAACACCAAAAUCUUUAUAAUGAAUAUUGUCAAAGGCGCUUUAACCAAAACAACAACAGCAUCAAUAUCUAUGAGCUCGAACCAACUGGAGACAACAGCAGCGACGAUGGUUGGGAUCUGCGCACUCACAAUGCUCCUCUGGGUCCACCAGGAGGCUCUAGCCGAUCACGACCCCAAAGCAGCAGCGAAUUGGAUGCCCGUCAUGCGGAUCAUACGUAUUAUAAUAGUCGUGGCUAUAUAAACGGAAUUAUUGCACUUCCACCUCCACCUCUGCCGCCUGAUGGCAACUUUAUGCGUUCCACGUCAGCGUCCUGCACAACAGCCACCCAUACGACUUGCAGUGUGGAUUAUGGUGGUCGUGAUAUCUGUGGUGUGCACCGCCUGACAACUGAGAGAGGCGCUGCCACGCCUUUAUCGGAGCAACAGCAGCAACAACGACAGCGACCUGCAGCAGUGCUCAAGGCAUGCUAUAACCCGGGAUUGGGAAGUGGAAUUGUGCGAACCCGAUCUCGAGUGCGCUCCAUGGAUGAGGCAAUGGCUGCCAGCAGCAGCAGCAGUAGUAGCACCAACAGCCUCUGUCAGCCUCCAAGAAAACUGGCGCGUCUGGACGCGCACAAUGACUUGCAAUUAUCGCCAUCCACAAUGUCCAGUCUCUCGCCUACGAACUUCUAUGCAUUUCAGCCGGGUCGUCAUCGGCAUCGCACGUACGCGGAAUUGGCAAGAACUACUGAUCCGCAGAUGCAGCAGUCAACGGGGGAAAUGCAGCAACAACCACAGCAGGAGCAACAACAACCACAGCAGCAACAGCCGCAGCAGCAACAACAACAACAACCACAACAACAGCAGCAGCAACAUCCAUCAAGCGGGGGCUCUUGUGUGAUUGCUUAUGUGGGUAGACCACGUGAGACUGACGGCAGAUUGGCACCGGGAUCAAGGGAGCUGCAUAAUCUGCCCUCCACCUCAACGGGCAGGCGUCAUUUUGGCAAUGCGGUGUUAACAGCACCCGAUUUGCAGUUGGAUGAUUGGUCAUCCGAUUCAAAUGGCGAAGAUGAUGAUGUUGUGUUUGUUCACUCCACACGUGAGCCGAUACUCUCCAUUGAUCUGACAUCGGAUGAUGAUGGUUUUGGUGGCGGCAAUGAGGCGGUACUGCAGCAGCAGCAACUCCAUCAGCAGCAGCAACUCCACCAGCAGCAGCAGCAGCAGCAUCAACAACAGCAACAACAACAACAUCAGCAACGACAACGACAGCGUCAUCUACGUGAGGAGUUACUAGCCACUUGCAGUAGAGCUGUCGGCGGAGCUGACGGAAUAACAGCAUCGGAUACAAAUGGAGUAACAGCUGCCACCUUGUUGCCUCGUCCUAAUUCGGCCAAUGAUUAUGAAGAUCGAAGACGCCGACCAGCAGCGGUUCAGGGAUCUAGUGCGGGUGCGGGCACUUCCUUUGCCUUUUACAGUGGCGCCUUGGCGGAUCGAGCGGCCAUCACGGAUCACAACUAUAGCAGUUACAAUCAUAAUCCGGCGCAGGCGCCUACUAUUGGUUUCAGGGAUCUGAUCGAUGCUGCUCCGUACUCUCGAGGUCCGCCCUGUCCAACACGCUGCCCCCGAAUGGAAGCAGCCGCUGCUGUGGCCCAUUCACAGCGUUACUUUCAGCCCAUUACACCGCCGUCCAUUUGGCAUUUUGCACCAUUGCCGGAAGCACCACAGCCACCACCGCCGCCACCACCGUCCACUGGUAAUUCUGGCAAUUAUGUGCGUCUGUCACGUGGCAAUGCGAAUGCAGCAAGUGGUGUUGUUACAGCAGCAGCGCCACCACCAUCACAACAACAACAACAGCAACAACAAGCGGAAACGGCGCCAAGUGGUGGCAACAGUCCGGCUGCGUACUAUCGCUAUCAGCCGUAUUAUGUGCCACAUUAUACAAUUACGGCAUUACCCGCCAGCCGGAGCAACGGCGACUACUCACCGGGACCACCCAAUCCACAUUAUCAAGGCGGACUAAGCAACGCCAAUGGCAGCAGUCGCAGCUCUUAUAGUGGGGCAAUGAGUGCCGCUGCUGUGGCAGCUACUGUGGCUGCGGCACAGGCACAAUCUUUCCAUGAUUUACUCUCACUGGCAAAUGUGCCCACCUCACCGGUCGCCAGCAUGGAAGGCAACAGUCUGGAUAAUGACUAUCAUCGUACCGAAACUCUCAACAUAUUGAGGCGUGCCACAACUCCAGUGGCAGCUGCUGUUCCCACUGCAGCCGGACCACCGCCUGUGAUGUCAUCCAUAGUGACUGUGGCUGCUGCUGUUUCUCCGCCCCCACCGCUGGAAAUGUACUCGGGACGCACAACGAUGCCGUAUUGUGGAUCGCCACCGUUCAGUUUGCGACGUUCGGAGGCAUAUAACAAUCAGAGGCAACAUUAUCAGCCGCAACCGCAUCAGGGCCACCAAGCACCGCAGAAUCAAAUGCACGCUCAUAUACAUCCACCGCAUCGGGCAAGCGCGAUUGUGGCAACAUCAUUGACUCCGGCACCGCCAUAUCCAGUGCAUCAGAAUCUAUGGUAUCGACAGCAGAAUAUGCAGGAGUUGCAUCGUCGCCAUAUGACGCCCACACCCAUUGAUCUCUCUUCCAACCCGCUCAAUUUGACAAGCAGUUUACGCACACGUUAUUUACACAGCAUCUGCAAUUGUGUACAUGCCCGGAAUGGACCCGUCUCCAGCUUGGAUCCCGCUUACUAUCCGGCCUAUGAUGCAGCUGUUCAGCAGCAAAGCUCUUCUGCAGCUGCUGCUGCACCAAUUGAUGCUCAUCAGCCGCAUCCAACGGCACCUCAAUAUAGCAGUAUACAAUAUCAACAUCAGCAACAGCAACACCGACAGCAGCAACAUCAGCAGCAACACCAACAACAACAUCAACAACAACAACAACAUGAACAAUAUCAAAAUAGACGUCGCGCUGCAGUCCAUCACCAUAUGAUACAUCAUUAUUCGCCGUUGCAUCUGGAAAUUGGCUUGGCCACGCCCCUCUCGCUUGGCUCCUCACGCAUACUGAUCGGACCACCGCGUCCCAAUCGCGGUGCUACUUUGGAAAUCAUUGAACGCAACACUUUGCCACAUAAAUAUCGUCGGGUUCGACGUCCGAGCGAAACGGACGAAGAUGCUGAAAAGUGCGCCAUAUGUUUGUCUCUCUUCGAGAUCGAGAAUGAUGUGCGCCGAUUGCCCUGUAUGCAUCUCUUCCACACGGAUUGUGUUGAUCAGUGGCUGGUCACAAACAAACACUGCCCAAUCUGUCGCGUCGACAUCGAAACACAUAUGGCUAAGGAUGCACUGGUGCCCAGCUCAAGUGGUGUGGCUGCUGCUGCUGCUGGCACCGCUGCCUUAUGACAUUGUGUACAUGGCAUAUUUAUGUAAAGUGGCAUCCAAUUAUCGCACGCACACGGACACAGUUCAUUCAGAUUAAGUUCGUCAUAUUAGUCUAUUCAUUUAAGGGUUAAGCAGGCAGCAGCAACAACAACAUUAAUAAGGUUAUCGUUUAACUAACCAAGUAAUCAAUUUGCGAUAAUAUUGUAUGACACAAAGUUUCCACUUGUGACCAGUUUCAGUGUUGUUGCUGCCUUAUGUGAUACAAUGGGCAAGGCAUCUUUAUGUUAAAUGGCUCCCAAUUUCCCAAUAUUUCGCACACAGGGAACCCUUUCAACUGAGUUCGUCAUGUUCGUCAUGCCAGCGGUAGGCAGGCAACGGCAAGCAAACAUAUUUUAAACACAAAUUUAAAAAUUGAAAAAAAAACAUGCAAAAAAUGAAAAAUAAUAUCAAAAAGUUAAUCCUUCAGACGGGAAAACUUGAAACCCACCAACAGGCCAAGCGAGAGUAAAAUUUUGGCGUUGCGUUAAAAUAUCAAAACUAAACUAAAAUAACUUUGCUCAAGCUCUACGUAAAUACAUAUAAUAUAUAAAUUAAUUGAUAUAAUGUUUCGGCAGUUAAUCAUUUCCUAUAUACAUACAAUAUAUAUAUAAAUUAUGUCCAUGUUUUAUAAAACAAAAUUUUUGUGAUUACACAUAUGUAUAUGUAACUACGUAUUGUUAAAGUGUGAAUGCCGCCUCCCCAAUUGGUUUAUUAUUCAAUGUACCAACUGUAAUUGUUAUUGUAUAGCCAUAUUUUACAAUUUGUCACAAAAUUAUAAAGUGUGGUAUCUAUCAACAAGUCGAUAAACAUUCAAUUGAAAUGCAUUU